AUGCAAACUGCCGUACUGUCAUACAUCCUUGGGUUACUGCUCUGCUUAACUGUCGCCACUGCACGAAGAAGCCUCUAUGUCCCAAAUCUCAAAUUUUCGAAGCCUUGUGAAAACAAUAAGAUCGAUGAAGCUACUGGCAAUUUCAAAUGCAUGGUUACAACUGGAGCGGAGUGCUUUAAGCUCUGCCAGGCUUAUGGCUGCUACGAAUGGUCCUUUACGUCCUUUAUGCCAAGCACGAGUACUCGUAUCCACCACCACUACCGAUGUCGGUGUGCCCAGAACAUAUGUCUCUAUAAUUACGUCCGAGCUAAAGAUCGCGAUUACACUUCAGGACGUGGCACCACCGCUGACCGGCCGACACGCGCGUGCGGUUUUCGCGCGCACCUGGGUCAGGUCACCACGACAAAAGUCAAAAACCAAAGACUGCCGGCAAACCCCCACAGCACCAGCCUUACGCUAGCAUUGACCCCGUGGAAGGAAGUGGCCAUUGAAUUGCGCGCCACUCGAGUCCUCGAGGAGCACCAGCUUGGCUUUCACCUUCACAUUAGGAAGAAGGACUUAUCUCCCCCUCCCGCACCUAUGGGGAGAAUGGUCGCAGUCCAACUGCUUCUCAUCGUCACUUUCCUCCAUCCAACAAUAGCCCUCACAUUCCCUCGGAGACAAAGCCUUUACGUUCAGGGACUUAAAUUUUCGAGGCCUUGUGAAAACAACGUAUAUGAUGAGGCUACCGGAAACUUCAAGUGCAUGGUAACUACGGGAGCGGAAUGCUUCAAACUCUGCCAACAACACGACUGCUUCGAAUGGUCCUUUUCAUCCUUCAUGGCAAGCACUGACACCCAACCGCGCCUCCAUUACCGCUGCAGAUGCAUCCAAGAUAUCUGCCUCUACAACUAUGUUCGAGCAAGAGAUCGAGAUUAUGCUUGA